CCCGGCCACCGGCCUGGCUCUCUGCACCGCCCUGCCCACCCGCCACACCCUCUUUGACUUGGGCUGGCCGCUGGCCCCGCCCACCUCCCGACACCGCCCCGCCCCUCCCGGAGGUCCUCGCUCCUUCGCCCGGGGGCCUCGCCUCAGCCUCUGCGUCCGCUUCGCCUCUCGGCCCGGGCGUCGCUGUGCGGGCUGCGAGGCUCCAGGGACCCAGAAGCACUCGGGCGCGGGCGGAUCGGUGGGGCUGUGUAGCUGCGCCAUGGCCGCGUCGGCGUGGUGCUGCCUGCGCUGCUGCAGGGACGGCGGGACUGGCCACAUUCCUCUCAAGGAGAUGCCGGCCGUACAGUUGGACACGCAGCACAUGGGAACAGAUGUUGUCAUCGUGAAAAACGGAAGAAGAAUCUGUGGCACCGGAGGUUGUUUAGCCAGUGCACCCUUACAUCAGAACAAAAGCUACUUUGAGUUCAAAAUCCAGUCUACUGGAAUCUGGGGUAUAGGUGUUGCAACUCAGAAAGUUAACUUGAACCAGAUUCCUCUUGGCCGAGACAUGCAUAGCCUGGUGAUGAGAAAUGACGGAGCCCUGUACCACAACAACGAAGAGAAAAACAGGCUGCCGGCAAACAGCCUUCCUCAGGAGGGAGAUGUAGUGGGUAUAACAUAUGACCAUGUAGAAUUAAAUGUAUAUUUGAAUGGGAAAAACAUGCAUUGUCCGGCAUCAGGUAUACGAGGGACAGUGUAUCCAGUUGUAUAUGUUGACGACAGUGCAAUUCUGGAUUGCCAGUUCAGUGAAUUUUAUCAUACUCCUCCACCUGGUUUUGAAAAAAUACUAUUCGAGCAGCAGAUCUUCUGAAUGAGUUUGUUUUCAGGACUUGACCUCUGCAGCAUCUCACAGCGCUUACCACAUAAUAAAGCUCUCUUUGAUCUAGAGACGCAAACACACGCUGAACAUUGAGCUUCUAAUUGUUGUCCAAGGAACCCAUGGAUUCAUUAUACCAUGCUGAGGUUUGAUUUAAAAGAUCUAGGCAACUUAUUUAAUCUUAUUUAAGCAAAUAUAUAUAGCCCUGGGUUUGAUUAACAGUAUUAUGUGGUAACAUGUAUAUAAAUAUUUAAAGGGAAUUUUUCUUAUAUAAAAUAUUUGACAGUGAUGUGUAAUUGAGUGAUUAUUUUUUUGUCAUCCUGAACUUGAGUCACCAUAGUCUGUAAUCCAAGAAUUUUGUGUCUUCUUGUCCUUUUGAUAAAAUGAAAUGGCAGAAAUUUACAUACCUGGCAGCUUAGUUUUGCUGAUAUAUUUCCUCUGCUCAUGGGCUACUUUUCUUAAAAUGGAAACUGCUUUUGCUGUGUUGUUGUAUCCCUGCUUUCUGUUGCCUUUUUGAAAGAUGAGAAAGUUAUCAGACCAUCUUGUUGAAGACCAUCAAGAUGAGCACUAGUGAUUGCUCAUAGUAUACUAGCAGACCUCUGUAAGAGUUAUGAUGCUUUAAAUGUAAGUAAGCCAAGUGUGAAGGCACACACCUUUAUUCCCAGCACUUGGGAGACAAAGUCAGGUGGAUUUCUGUGAGUUUGAGGCUAGCCUGGUCUGUAUAGUGAGUAUUAUAAGCACCAGAACAACCAGGGCUGUGUAGGGAGAACCUGUCAAAAAAAAAAAAAACUAAUUGUUUUUUGCUAUAAGGAAUAAUAAAGAUGUAUUAAGGAAUAUUCAGUAUUAUAUUUAAAACAUUCUUCCUGUUUUGUUAAUUAUAUGGUAAUAAUUAUGGAAAUUUUGACAUAAGUGAGUCCUCAUGGUCUUUGAUCUUCUUGAGUCACUCUUUAUUAGUUAACAGCCAGACUAAGCUAAUCACAUCUUCAAAUAGUUAUAUUCUUUUUCUCAGAUAAGUAUAGUCAGGAUUCAUCACAAGUUGUAUGGCAUGUGGGGCAAGGAAAACAUGGACACUAGAAUUCAGAGAACAGUCGCCCAGGGUCCUUCUGUCCUUACUGAGUUUCUCAGAGUCCACCUUACACAAAGGGUAAUCAUACUGACAUGCUGAGAGCCUGUGACUAGUUGACAGUGUGUGUAAAAUGCUUUAAUUAUCAUCACUUAAUAAAAAUAGCCAUGAUUGUUGUGAA